GAGGUUCCUGAGCUGGCCCAGGCCGAGUCAGUGUCAGUCAGGGAGGCGGACUGCUGAGCAGUGGGUGCGAACACUGCGUUGCAGUCUCGCCGAGGGGCUGGUGCCUGCGCUCGCGCCGCCGGGUGGGAAGGAUGAAGCCGCAGCUGGAGCAGCCACCCUAUGAUUGGCUGGGGCACUUGUGAACCCGAAGUAAAGAUGGCGGGCGGGCAGGCAGCCGCCGCACUGCCCACUUGGAAGAUGGCGGCGCGCCGCAGCCUCAGCGCUCGCGGCCGGGGGGUCCUGCAGGCGGCGGCUGGACGGCUGUUGCCGCUGCUUCUGCUGAGCUGCUGCUGCGGCGCGGGCGGCUGCGCAGCGGCGGGCGAGAACGAGGAGACUGUGAUCAUCGGGUUGCGGCUGGAGGACACGAACGACGUGUCGUUCAUGGAAGGGGGGGCGCUGCGGGUGAGCGAGCGGACCCGGGUCAAGCUGCGGGUGUACGGGCAGAACAUCAACAACGAGACAUGGUCCCGCAUUGCUUUCACAGAGCAUGAGCGGCGGCGCCACAGCCCGGGCGAGCGCGGGCUGGGGGGCCCUGCACCGCCGGAGCCGGACAGCGGCCCCCAGCGCUGCGGCAUCCGCACAUCAGAUAUCAUCAUCUUGCCCCAUAUCAUUCUCAAUCGCCGUACAUCAGGCAUCAUUGAGAUCGAGAUCAAACCGCUGCGCAAGAUGGAGAAGAGCAAGUCCUAUUACCUGUGCACGUCGCUCUCCACGCCAGCCCUGGGCGCCGGCGGCCCGGGGUCUGCGGGUGGCGCCGUCGGGGGCAAGGGCGGCUCCGGCGUGGCCGGGCUCCCGCCGCCCCCGUGGGCCGAGACCACCUGGAUUUAUCACGACGGCGAGGACACCAAGAUGAUCGUGGGGGAGGAGAAGAAGUUCCUGCUGCCUUUCUGGCUGCAGGUGAUCUUCAUUUCGCUGCUUCUGUGCCUAUCGGGCAUGUUCAGCGGCCUCAACCUGGGACUCAUGGCCCUGGACCCGAUGGAGCUGCGCAUCGUGCAGAACUGCGGCACGGAGAAGGAGAAGAAUUACGCCAAGCGCAUCGAGCCCGUGCGCAGGCAGGGCAACUACCUGCUGUGCUCGCUGCUGCUGGGCAACGUGCUGGUCAACACCACGCUCACCAUCCUGCUCGACGACAUAGCUGGCUCAGGCCUCGUGGCGGUGGUGGUCUCCACCAUCGGCAUCGUCAUCUUCGGGGAGAUCGUGCCCCAGGCCAUCUGCUCCCGGCACGGCCUGGCUGUGGGGGCCAACACCAUCUUCCUCACCAAGUUUUUCAUGAUGAUGACCUUCCCCGCCUCUUACCCCGUAAGCAAGCUGCUGGACUGCGUCCUGGGCCAGGAGAUAGGCACCGUCUAUAACCGGGAAAAACUGCUGGAGAUGCUCCGGGUCACAGACCCCUACAACGACCUCGUAAAGGAGGAGCUGAACAUCAUCCAAGGGGCUCUGGAGCUCCGCACCAAGACCGUGGAGGACGUGAUGACUCCCCUCCGGGACUGUUUCAUGAUCACCGGUGAAGCCAUUCUGGACUUCAACACCAUGUCGGAGAUCAUGGAGAGCGGCUACACUCGGAUUCCAGUAUUUGAGGGGGAGCGCUCCAACAUCGUGGACCUCCUCUUUGUCAAAGACUUGGCCUUCGUGGAUCCAGAUGACUGUACUCCCCUGAAAACCAUCACUAAAUUUUAUAACCACCCUUUGCACUUUGUUUUCAAUGACACCAAGUUGGACGCUAUGCUGGAAGAAUUUAAGAAAGGUAAAUCUCACCUGGCUAUUGUGCAGCGAGUAAACAAUGAGGGAGAAGGGGAUCCAUUUUAUGAAGUUCUGGGAAUUGUCACAUUAGAGGAUGUGAUUGAAGAAAUCAUCAAAUCUGAGAUUUUAGAUGAAACAGAUUUAUACACUGAUAACAGAACGAAAAAGAAAGUGGCCCAUCGAGAAAGAAAGCAAGAUUUUUCUGCCUUUAAGCAGACAGACAGCGAGAUGAAGGUUAAAAUAUCACCACAGCUUCUCCUGGCCAUGCACCGUUUCCUAGCAACAGAAGUAGAAGCAUUUAGCCCAUCCCAGAUGUCAGAGAAGAUCCUUCUAAGGCUGCUAAAGCACCCCAAUGUCAUCCAGGAACUGAAGUAUGAUGAGAAGAACAAGAAAGCCCCAGAAUACUACCUCUACCAGCGAAACAAACCUGUAGACUACUUCGUUCUCAUUUUGCAGGGGAAAGUGGAAGUAGAAGCUGGGAAAGAAGGUAUGAAGUUUGAAGCCAGUGCUUUUUCAUACUAUGGUGUAAUGGCCCUUACAGCCUCCCCAGUUCCUUUGUCCCUGUCUCGUACCUUUGUUGUCAGCAGAACAGAGUUGUUAGCAGCAGGUUCUCCAGGUGAAAACAAGUCACCUCCUCGCCCAUGCGGCUUGAAUCACUCGGACUCUCUCAGUCGCAGUGACCGGAUCGAUGCGAUAACGCCGACGUUGGGGAGCAGCAACAAUCAGCUCAGCUCUUCAUUCCUCCAAGUCUACAUCCCUGACUACUCGGUGCGAGCCCUCUCUGAUCUCCAGUUUGUUAAGAUCUCAAGACAGCAAUACCAAAAUGCCUUGAUGGCAUCCCGGAUGGACAAAACUCCUCAGUCUUCAGACAGUGAAAACACUAAAAUUGAAUUGACUCUUACGGAGCUGCAUGACGGGUUGCCAGACGAGACGGCCAACCUGCUCAAUGAACAGAACUGUGUGACGCACAGCAAGGCCAACCACAGCCUGCACAGCGAAGGCGCCAUCUAGAGCACCGGCCUCGGCCUCCGCAUCUGACCAUGAAUCCCAUUAGUGUGCGCUUGUGUGCCAUGCUGCAUCCUGCACCAUCCUGAGACCAAAGACUUUGUCCCCUUCCUGGAAGCAGCAGAGGAGGCCGGGGAGGGCAGGAAUGGAAACUGGAGACGUGAAAUCGACAGCCAGGGCGUGGCAUUCGAGAUUAUGGAGAUGAAUUUCUUCCACCCAAAUAGAAUCAUGUUUAUUUUUUCAGCUGUACCUUUUAUCAUUAUCCACUCUCCUCCUCCCUCGAUUUGCAUGAAGUUGAAAAUUGUUGCAAUUUAUUUUUUUCUGAGAGAUCAUGUUUUUAAAAAGUGUCUUUUGCAGAGUUUUAAAUUGUUCUGUCUGAACUCUGCUGUGACCCCAUGAUGUAACCUUAGAAGGAUGGACUUGUCCCUCCAGUGGCCUUCCUUGGCCCCCACCCCAGGGAGGGGCACCCUUCCUCUGUGCCCCAGUGGGUGUCGCUGUCGAACUUCAAGGAUGAAUGACACAGACCUGCCCAGGCUGUUGGCCCUGCAGGGUGGAGCCUGCACAGGGACCCGCAGCCUCUCUGAGCUCAGUGUUGUUUUAAGUUAAUGUUUAACGGUGUCCCUUUCCCUCAGAAAGGUUUAACAUUUGCUUGGAAUGUGAUUUUGCUCCCACUCUAAGGAAUUUUUAUCACCAAAAUGAAUGUUAAUGGAUUUUAAACCUAUGGUUUAUCUUUGCAAGAGGCGAGGUGGCUUCACCCCAACAUUCCCACAGCCUGAGGCCUCCAGCUCAGCCAGGCCUCUUCCGCCCCAGCUUACAGAGCGCCGUCACCCACCGCCCCGUCCUUGCUCUUGUUAACCCACGAUGCUGCUACACAGAUGCCAAAUGGAAAUCUUCCACAGGGCCCUCGAGUAAACUCGUGGUGUGGAGUCCACGCUCCUGCCCUUCCCGCUGGGAUGUAUGUCAUUGUCAGAAAAGGAGUCGGACCUUCCAGCUGUGCUCUGUGCGCCCUGCCCAGAAGGCACGUCUAGACCCAUGUGUCUAAAGGAGGGAACACUGGGGACUGCCGGCACCUGCCCCCUUCCCCCCUGUCCCUGGGCCCGCGGGGCCCAGCAGUGGCUGUGUCCCCGCCAGAGGACCUCUGUGUCUCCCGCCUCGGACGUGGCCCACGCCAGAGAGGCUGCCCGUACAGCCAGGGUCAGUUUGGCCCCAAACAGGGAUUCAGAAACCAAAUGUGUGUUGUGGCCAUUUCAUGUGUGUCUCUGUCUUAUUUUACUAUCAAAUUCAUCACGUGUAGUGAAAUUAACGUCAGGAGGUAUUUCUUGAGUGAAUGAAUUCCUAACUCUCUUAUCUGUGUUUUAAGUGUUAACCCAAGGGAUAUGUGCAUUUUGUCGGCAACAUUCGUACACUGAAAUGACUUCCUACUGACCACAGUUUUCAUAUAGACCUGUCAGUCCUCGCUGCGUCCAGUCACUAGGCGAGAAGAUAGCAUCUUCUCCACUGGGUCUCACUGCACGAAGGGAAGCCCUGGGGCUAAGCAGCAGUUUCUUCUCCUUCCUCCAGGUAGGACUGUGCACCCCAGGCUGCACGCUGGCGGGUGGGAGCUGCGGUUGGGAAAGAACCAGCAACACGCUGGGCUUACCUCCCGGUGAGCAGCUCGGUGGCUCCAGUGUCAUGUGCGCACCUGGCGCAGUGUUUCCCCUGGGAUGUUGGUCCUAGAGCACCUUCCUCAGAAGGUGCCGUGCCCCUUAGUGAGGGAAGUACUGGUCUCAUCUGGUAGAAGUCGCCGGGUGCCCCCUCAAGGGGCUGAGUGGCCUGCUGCUGGCACCCAAAUCACAGCACCGUGGGAUGGUGCUCCCACCGCGGAGCUUGACGUUAGUGGAACCCUGUACUAUGAGUAUUUGCUUUUAUAAACAAACCCAUCCAAGUGUAAAGGUCUCACUUUCUUAAGAUGCGUCUAGCUGAGCACGUCAGUAUGACAUGACACAGGAACUGGGAUUAUCUGUAGGGGGCGCAGAAAUGAGAGUUCCCUGUAACAGAGUGAAACCCGGGCCUUGCUGGGGGAGGAGGCUUCUGCCCCAGCCAGCACGCCACGCUCUGGGCUGGGACAGCAGUGCUGUCCCCGUGGUCUGGCGCAGCCGGGCUGCCAAGCCGUGGUUCCUCUGGCCUCCUGGAUCUUCGCCCGUCAGCUUCCCCUGGCCUAUCUGCUUUGAUCUGCCUCUCCACACGCAGUCCGUCUCUGGCGCCUUGCUACUGGAAGGAGCCUCUGGAAUCACAGUUACUGUGCUGGAUCUUUUUUGGAGCCUCACUGCUGCUCUGUGAAUCCUAAAGCCCUUUUGAGAGGAUUCCAGCUGCUGGCUCCUUGACUUCAGGGAGAAAUGGUUAACGUUUCCAUACUGUCUUACCUGCUCCGUGUGUGGCUUUUUGAAAAGUCCUCUCUAUAAAGGAGCUGGCACAGGGGGGCUUUUCGGUAGGGCUCCUGGAGGACGAAAUUUUAGCCUCCCAAGUUCGUAUUUAUUUUCUAUAAGCUACUCUUUACCUUUGAUUUUUCACACUGUUUUAUAACAACAGGGAAUCCCAAAAAAGUGCUGUCUGGUCCCUGAAGGAAUGAAGGCUACCAUUUGGCUACAGUUAUAUCUGCUUUGGGGAAGGCUCAAGACCCUUCAGAUGGUAACACUCAAUAUCUGAGCGACAGAUUCCUCUUUCAGGCCCCCCACUUUCCUUCUGGAAACUAACUUCAGGCUGUUGAAGGAGAAAUGCUGGCUCAUGGCUUCUGUGGGGCAGCAGGAGAAUGAUUUGGGGAAGAUGUCUAUGCAGUUCGUGUCUACAAAGUAAAUGGGAGUAAAGCAGAGAAAGACCAUCAAAUAGUUGAGAUCUUGAUGUGCAGUGGCCAGUCCUUAGCGCUGCUGGUGGGUCGUCCUCUUCUAGGGCUGCUGGCUUUGUAAGCGUGGAUGGGGAGCGGGCUGUGGAGCAGACAUAGGGCCCGGGGUCCUGAAUUCUGUGGGAGCCCCAUUGUCAGGCCAGGGCCUCGCUCUCCUUUUCAGUGGCCCCUGCUGCAAGCCCUGGCUCUGGGGGACCAGACAGGGCCUCCUCCUGCUCCUAAGCAGCCACUCUGGGCAUCCCGAAGCUUCCUCCUGGAACUGGAUUCCUAGUAUCCAAGUGUUCCUGGGACAAUUUGCUUUCUCUUCAUAAAUGAGGGAGACUUUCUUUCUACUGCUUUAGAGGUUCCCUCCCUUUAAUUCUCUGUUUCACAUGCAUCAGGCAAGUCUAAAAUCAUAUGUUUAAACUCUUAGGAAAACAGAACCUUAAGAUUUGUGUAUGGAAACUGGGAUGUUAAUCAACUAGCUUAAGCCUUGGUUCUUACAUAAUUUGAAUGUGAAAGGGCACCCCAUGUAACUCUUUUUACCCCUCCUUCCUGACCUCACUCUGGAAGAGAGCUCAGUGCCCAUGCUGACAGUGUCGUCUUCCCCAAGUGGGAGGAGUAGGGCAUCUUGCCAUUUUCUAAUAUUUCAAGGAGCUUUUGUGCAAAUGUUGAAUGCAAAACUUCACACUAAUAUGGAACAUUAACUGUGAAUAUAUUUACUUGUGCUAUCCCCAGUAUCACACAACUAAAGGUCCAGCUUUUCCAAGUCUAGGAAAAUAGUGCUAGAUACAAGUAGAAUUGCAUUUCCAUUAGGAAAUGAAGCAACGGGAAUUUGGGCUUAGCAGGGACCAUGAACUUCUGUCCUCAAAUUACCUCAGGUUGAGGAGCAGACCUAAGUAGGCCCUGGCCAACUGAACCUGUAUCCUGGCUGGUCAAAAACAAAAACAAAACCCAACCCUGUCGUCUUCUGAAAAACCAGCCAGGGAUCUGACCAUCUUUGCCUUUCCUGGGCCAGGAGACCAGGAUUCCUCCAGUGUUCCCCAGGGCCCGGCCCAGGCAGAGGACUCACCUGGGCUGGCACAGGAAGGUGCUCACCUUGUUCCCUGGGAUUCUAAGCCGAAGGCCACCAGGGAGGGUUGGCUUGUGCAUGUCACGUGACACAAGCUCCUUGCUAGCACGAGAGCAGGAACUGUUCCCUCUCAGCUUUGAUCCCGGACACGGUUUUUCUUGCAGAGCAUUGAAGACUGCGAGGCUGAGCUGGCAGUUCAGGGAGUGGUGGCUUCUGAGGCACCAGUGCUCACUCUCUUCCUUGAGGACACAGGCUCUUGUCCAGGGUCAGGUGUGGUUCUAUUCCGGUCUCUGGACUAGUGGUGCUUCUGUCUAGCAAGGGCAUCUUGGUGGGUUGCAGGUUAGCCCAGAAUUAGGAGGGAUUUAGGGAGUUCAAUAUGGAAGUGAUCUGGGGAUUCAGAAACUUUUCCCAUGUAAACGGAUCAGUGAGCAACCUACUCAGUGGAUUUUUAUACCUCAGGGCCAUUUGCAAAUUUUUAUCUUUCCACGUCUUUUGUAUUUGCGUGGGCUGAUAGGAGAGAUGAGUUCAGAGGAUUCUAGGAUGGUGUUCAUUUGCCUCGGUUUGCGGAUGUGCGGGACACCCGCACCAAGCUUGCUCAAGGCUGUGGCAGUGGGCCUUCCUCCUCCAGCACGUGCAGGCACCCUUCCUGCAGGGAGUGCUUACAUGCUGCUUUUCCUUCUGCCCUGCCUGAAGAUGCCAGAGCCCCUGGUCAGCCCUAAUAACAGGAGGAAGAUGGCAGUUCACAGCAGCUGCAGAGCUUGGAGCAGCUUUCCUCCCACUGUCUUGGGCUGGGGACCUUCGUUGCUUUUCAGACCUUUGUGGUUGGCUCGGCUCAAGUAAGCUUUCUCACUGUAUAGGCUACAGCCACUGAUGUCAUCUCAGAAGAACUGUUUUAAGUAUCAGCCUGUACUUGAAGCAACAUGGAAACAAAGGUUCUAAGUGGCAAGAGAGUAAAGUUCUAGGAGUUUGUAUGCCGAGGUUUAUAUGUACGCAGAUCCAACACAUACUAUAAGACUUGAGUGAGUACACAUUUUCAAGUUUCAGUACCCACUGGGUAUUAAACAUAAACGAAUUGGAAGAAUGACUGGGAGUAUUGUUUUGCCUCACUUGGCAGGGUAUCUUCCAGCAUUUGCCCACAUCUGACCAACAUGGAUUCACUCGAGAAGUGUUUGUUUUGGGGCCAGCUUCCUCUUCAGACUCACCCUGGAGAGAACUAUCAAAUGGACCUGGUGGGCCUUGAGUGCCUGCCCUUUUUGUUGGAGGCCUAGGCCCCUUGCCUAGGCCCCUUGGAUAUAAACAGCUGGUUUCAGGCUCCCAGAGCAGAAGGGAGAGGGAGAAAAGUAAGGCCUCAGGACUCUUGUUCCCCAGAGAGCCCCAGCCUCGCUCCUGAUUCAUUACUUCCCGUGUCUAAAGUCUACUGUGAAGGUGAAGUGUGUCAGUCCGUUGACUUUUCUUGUUUCUGGAGUCCUUUUAAGUCCACAAAUGUAUAUGCUUUAUUUUAUAUUAUUAUUUAUUAUGUACAUAUGCCUCUACUGUUAGUACAUCAUCUAUGACUAAGAUGAGAUCUGUUUUGGAGCCCCUCAUCCAUGGAGCCUAGGAUUCUGUUGUCUUUUAAAGUGGGUGAGAAGGAGCGGUUUUGCUUUUGUCUUAAACAGGUUGCUGCUCUUAUGUUGGUCCUAGUGUCCCGGCCCCAUUUAUUGGGCCCACCUCUAUGCCUGAUGGCAGGUGUUUGAGAUGAGGAUGGAGGCAGGUCUUUACUUCAUGGCAGGGCCUCUCAAGUACCUCCGUGAAAUACUUUAGAGGUGGUUUCCUGGUGACUGGGUCUAUUCUCUGGAUAAUGGUACAGCGUGGCUGUGAGGCCAGAGCCUCCUUCCUCACUCCCACACUCCCAAGCCAGGUUGGUGGCCUGGUCCCACAACAGUGAUGGUCUCUAAUUCCCACCUUGGAUUGCAGAAUCCAUCUCUCUGGACCAUGGAAGCUGCCUGCCCACCUGGGCUUCUAAUAUGCCUUUUCUUGGUUUUGAGGCCCAAUGCCAACACUGCCUUGGCGCCUCAAAUAAGACCCUGCUUUGAGUCUGAUUUCCAUCCUCCUUAGCCUUUACUCACUGUAUCAUAGUGUACAUUUCAUGCUUUGUAGCAGUGAAGUUUUCUGAACACAGUAUCCAGAGCUGUGUAUAUAAACCUAAAUAAGCACAAAUGUAUAGGUUUCAUGAGCUGAUUGUCAUAAUGAAUGCAUUUUAUAAUUCAAAUGAUGUUGUAGAUUUACAAUCUCUCCUAUUUAUUUUGUAUCAAUUUAUUUGUAAAUUUUGUGAUUGUUUUAAAAAGUUUUUGUUCAUUUCUAUUAUUCUGUUUAGAUAAAUGAUUUCUGUUCACCCUUCUAGCGAAUGUGUGUUCCCUCUUUCCCCUGUCACCUAUGCAACACUGGCCUCGGUCCCCUGCCUGGUGGGAAAGCUGGGAUUGGCAGUCGGCAUGGCAACACAGCAGGGCGUUUCCUUUGGCCGUACACCACCAAGUCUUAGGUUAAAAGAGAAGCGGGUGCUAGAACUGAGCCUCCAACUUCCAGCCUGGUACAGCCAAUGCCAGGGGUGUGUUCUCUUUUUCAAGGAUUGUAAUCUGUCCCCCAUCAGUUCAUUUUAGAUAAAGAUACUGGGGCUAUCCACUCAAACUGCCCCAGACAUUUGCCACUCAGUCACUAAUAACACACACUUCAGCUGGCAAAUCUCUAAGCUGUUUUUUCCUAGGCAAGACCAGAGGCCUCAUUCCAGCCUCUCAAUUGGCUCUUAAAGAUGAAAAUGGCUCUGCAGAUCCUUCUCUGCGAUGGGGAAGCCUAGGAGAAUGGUUGCAGCAGGCACAGAUGGUCCACCCUCAAGUUAAAAACACUGGGCAUGAGUGUGGUGAGUCAUGGUCAGAUGCUCUUCAGGAUUCAGGGGGCCUCCCACGUUCCCUGAUAAGCCGCAUCCUCUUCCACUGUCCCUUCUGUUCCUUCUACCCUCCUCACUCAUGUGACCGGACUCUGAAGAUCUUCUGGUCGAGGUUCGUGGCCCCUCUGUGAUCUGUUCCUAGACCACAUUCUUUUGGAAUCCUUCUUCCUUCCACUCUUAGUCUCCGUUUUACAUUCUUCUGAGAAUUGAGCCUCUUGAUGGCUGGUCCCUUGUUUUUCCUGCCAUAUUGUUUUAACCAUGAUGUUCUCGGUCUGUUUUACUUACACUAGUCCUGUGGAUGGAGACAUUUUAGUGAAGAACUGCUGACAACAUUGGCUGAGACACUUCCUGACCUAACCAGUCCUCCCACCUCCCCAAUCAUCACCCCCAAUCUCUCAAAAGUGGAACAAGGUAGAUCUACAUUCCAGUGAAGUAUUAUCUUCUUGGGAGCCUGUGAGAAGCAGAGCAGAAAGCAGCAAGCACUGCUGGGAAGGGAAUUCUCUCUCUAGCACGUCUCCUCCCAGUUGGCUGCUUUGCUUAGUUUUUCCUGCUUUACUCACUUUGUCUAGAUGAGUCCUGAGCUCAAAUGAGGAAACUCUCCGAGGGAAAUAAAGGUGAUUUUUCCUAUUGUGAAGAUGAGAUUUGCCUAAGCUUUCCCUCUGCAUCCAUGGGGUUGCCCACACGUCAGUUCAUUUCUAAACUGUAUCAUGAUAAAAGCUCUGGGGUUUCUAUUCCGUCUAACAGAUUAUGCUACCCAGCGCCUCUUCUCGACUCAGCACUUCUGAGGACACAGAUAGUGAUCAGACGGUCUUGUAGAGAAAAUGACUGGUACAAACUGAACGACCUUUUUGUAUCCUGGAGUUGAUUUCUGAAAGCACACUUUUUGAAGGUAAUUCAGUUUAAUAGAGAGAUGAUUCCUUAUUAAAGCCAAAAAGUUGAAUUACAUGAGAUGGCUAAUAAACGUUUGGCUUCUUUGUAUGACUGUUUUAUCAUUUUCCCUGAGGUCCUCACAUCUCUGCUCUUUCAAAAAGUCCCAGAACAAAGCAAUGGUUAUAGUGCCUCUCUGUGACAUUCUGGUGGCAUGCCAUCUCCCCUGGUAGAUGAUUGUGAGGUCUAAGGAUGCAAGGGGGAAUCGGUUACAGGAAUUCUUUGUCAAGAGUGCUUUUCCUGCUAGGGUAUGAGUGAUUGUGAAGCACUCAAACAGUAGGCCAACACAUGGCAGGGAUUUUAGAUGAAGCCAGCUUCCUUGCCACAAUUCUGCUACAUCAUUGACUUGAGGGCAGUGGGUCCAAAAAUGAAGUUACUUGCUUCAAAAUAUGUAUACCCACAAGCUAAAGAUUACCUUUGGUACAAACCCUCUCUCAAAGACUGGACAUUUAAUAAACAUUUUUCAGUGGUGGGAAGGUUUGCAUGACAAGUCCUCUCGCCAAGUAUCUCAGGAACUUGUGAGACUUGGAAGGACUAUUGCUGUCUUAAUGUGAAGACUGUGCGUGCACUCAGCUGCUUGGGCUCCAGUGUGUAUGAUGAGGUUUAUCUUGGCCUAGAUUCUUCAGGCCUCAUCUGUAGCCCUGGCCAGACAUGGCUUUGGGAAGAGCGCAAUGGAGAGCAGAGCAUUUGGGUGAAUAUUGGUACCUAAUUUGAUUCACGAACCACGAACCAAUCUGUCUAACCCAUCUUUUUUCUAGUAAUAAAAUGGAGCAAAGGUAUUUUAUAGGAAGGAACAUAAAGGGACCAGACCAAAAACUUUUGUCAUUUUAAAUCAGAAAAUAGAUUACUUACACUUGCAGUAAGAGUCGACAAGCUUGAGAUGAGGUGUUGUGUGUUCAAUCGGGAGUACUUUUUUCUGGUAAAGCUCUUUAGAGGGACUUAAACUAUGGUUUAUAUUUUAUUGCAUACCUUUGUGGGAACAAGUCAGAUAGUUGUGGACUUGGGAUGAAGACACCGUGUCUGAGGCCAGGGGAGAAAUGGUUGAGAUUGCCAGGUUAAACAGAAAAGCUGCCUUGUUCAUUCUGUAAACCAAUGCAUUCUCUCCGUAGAUGACUUGCUUUCUGCUAUUCCUUCAUGCUCAGCUGUGAGAACAGCGUGCAGUGCCCCUUCUCCGUUCGUGGAGGUGUGAGAUGGGACGACAUGGAUUCCUGGAAGUCACCGGCUCUGCGUCCCGGCUGCUGUGCAUGUGCACGUCCUCCCUGCUCUCUGGUGGCUGUGCACCGGUCUUUUUUUCAAGGCUGCUCAGGUAGCUCCACGGUCUAGAUUUCAUUCUCAGGGCCUCCCAAAGCUGUGUAUCAUUUGAAAUUGUUCCAUUUGAGGAAAAACUUUAAGAAUAGCUCUAUGCUCUAGUCACCAAGAAAGAAUGUCAUGAGAAACCUAAGUACUGAGACAUAAACUGCUGAACUGAGGAUCUGGGAUUAAGUGUAUGGCAAUAGCUAGAUCAUAGUUACCAUUUUUCCCACCAUCAAAGAAAGGUUAAAUAGUUUCCAUAACAUGGCAUGUGGACAAGGCUCCUACUCUUAAUGUAGACUUAGAUAUGCAGUUGUUUGUCUCAGGCUAUUUGUGGUGAAUAAGCAGAGUAUUUUUAAAUGCUCUUGCAGCCUUGGAAAAACUGCAGGGCUUUCAAGUUGCUGACAAAAUAUUUCUUAAAUAAAUAAAUCUGAUUUAGGAAUAUCUAAACAUGGACAAAGUACUUUUAAAUCUGACAUGUCACUGCAAGUGGCUUUUUAAAGUGGUUGCUUAAAAACAAUACUAACAUGUCUAAAGGAUUUGUAGCUCUAAGUUUUUCUGUUAAGACCCACUUUUCCUAAAAGCAUCUUAGAAAGGGUAUCUUGAAGGGCUUGUUUUCUUAUUUUAGGUCUCAACAGAGCUUAUGGUAGGAAAUUUAAGGUCUGAACAGAGCACUAAACUUUCUUGGCUUUAAGUAACUUUUCUAAAAUACAGCAUCUGAGCUUUACCUGACCAUCUCUGUAAAGAGGAAUGCACAGGACAAGGCCUCUGGGCUGUGGUCUGCUGUGCCUCUGACUGCUGCUGGAUAUACUAGCGUGCCGGGUGCCUCACAAAGUCUGAAACUAAGUGGUGGUUUACAAAUACCCAGGAAGGAAGUUCUGAAAAGAGGUGGGAGAGCUUCCUCUCAGUCUAAACACCUUAGGUUUUUUUUUUUUUUUAACGGAAAAUUAUAAUUUUAUGUUUCGCUUCCUUAAUUAUUAGCAACAGAGAGAAACUCAUAUUCAUGUUUUAACAAGUCCAGUUACAGCUGCUCUGAGUCCCUGCCCAUGGACCACUUACUUCCCAGCACUCUUCUAACAGGAAUAAUAUGCAGAGAAGCAAAACUCUCCUCUGGGCCUUAGACUCUUAUGGAAUCCUAGCUCUUUAAAAUAUAUUUUGGUGGUCCUGAAGAAAGCUGUAACCAGUAGUGGAAUUCUUAUUCCAGGUGUGUGCUUUUCACUUCUCAAUCUUUGGACCCACUACCAGAGACUCAUCUAGUUGAAAAGAAACUCUUAGAUAAGAUCUUAUGUGAAUAGAACAAAAGGGGUGGUAAAUUAAAGCAAAGUGAUCAUGUUGGGCCUUGCUCUAACAGGGGAGAUAUUAAAGGUACUAUUAAGUUAGCCAUGUAGUUGUAAUAAGUCACUCAGAUAUUAUUUGGCUUUGGGAACACUGAAGACAGUGUCAAACUAGGCAGCAUCUCCAUCUUGAAUGAGAAUAAUUAAUAGCUGGGGUGAUCACAAACAUACUUGCUAAAAUUUAAAACAACAGGAGCAAUAUCUAAUUGCUAUCUGCAAUAGCAUUUCUUUUUUUUUUUCUAUUUAUAUACUUUGCCUAUUUUAUUUAUUUAUUUAUUUUGGCUGCGUUGGAUCUUUGUUGCUGCACGCGGGCUUUCUCUAGUUGCGUCGAGCAGGGGCUACUCUUCGUUGCGCUGUGCAGGCUUCUCAUUGCAGUGGCUUCUCUUGUUGCAGAGCACGGGCUCUAAGCAAGCGCGGGCUCGGUAGUUGUGGCGCAUGAGCUUAGUUGCUCCGUGGCAUGUGGGAUCUUCCCGGACCAGGGAUCAAACCCAUGACCCGUGCACUGGCAGGCGGGUUCUUAACCACUGCACCACCAGGGAAGUCCCUGCAAUAGCAUUUUUAACCUAAUACUUUAAAAGUAGCAUAAAUUCCUAACAGAUAACCGAAUGUACAUGUCUUGAUGUGACAGUGGUAAAGCCCUACGCAUUGAAAGUGGUGAUGUAAUACGGCCUUGGCUAAGUUACUGAGCUGUGUUCCCUACCUAUAAAAUGAUUUUUAAAAAAGGAAAAAAGCCUCACCUCGUAGUCCUGUACCAAAAAACUUUCCAUGAAAAAACAGGCCUAUUUUUAAGUGCUAUAAAUUUUAGCCAUUAUUCAUGCUAGACUAUAUUUCCUUUAAGAGAAAGUCAAAUUGAUAUCACUAAGGCAAACCUAAACCCACGGACUUCCCUGGUGGCGCAGAGGUUAAGAAUCUGCCUGCCACUGCAGGGGUCACGGGUUCGAGCCCUGGUCCGGGAAGAUCCCACAUGCCACAGAGCAACUAAGCCCGUGCGCCACAACUACUGAGCCCAUGUGCCACAACUACUGAGCCUGUGCGCCACAACAAGGGAAGCCACCUCAGUGAGAGGCCUGCGCACUGCAACGAACAGUAGCCCCCGCUCACCGCAACUAGAGAAAGCCCGUGUGCAGCAACAAAGACCCAACAC